AUGACUCUGGUCGGAGACACCCCACCGGCGGCAGAGAAGCUGUCGAUUAAGACCCGAGGAGGAGGAGGCGGAGAGGAAGCCCAGAGGUCUUAUCAGGUGUUGGUUGGUCUCCUGAUUCCGGGGGCAUUUGCUAUGCUCGUGUCUCAGCCGCCGGAGCCGGUUAGUAACAUGUUGCUCUUCGAGCUCCACGCCGCCUCCAUCAUCCUCAUGUUCUGCACCGGCAUCGUCCUCAUCGGACUCUCCGUCGUCCCUCCUGAAAGAACCCCAAAGCUGUUGAAUAAGACUAUGAAUAUGGAGAUCAUCUCCUGGCUAAGAAAAUGGGCAAGGUCGGUUGCCGGUGUCUCUCUCUUGCUGGUGUUCGUCCUGCGGUGCUGCCUUCAGUUUCCCAGGCCGUCCCUGAUCCAUGCUUGGUAUUUCUUCAUCGCCAUGGUCCUAGCUGUCACAUUCCCUCCUCUCCUAUUCAUGUGGAGAAAAUACAAGGCGAGUUCCCCUUUCUAUCUCUCUAUCUCUCUCCCUCUCAUCUCCUCACCAACCCGAGGCUUGGGUCGACUCCACGGGUUGGCCCCGGAAUCUCAGGCAUCUGAUCUCCGCCGCGGGACGACUGUUUGA